UCAAAACAUAAGUGCAGUCAUUUAGUUGAGAGUGCAAACACAUCAAAGAUAACAAAAUAAACAGAUAAGUGUAUUUCAUACAGACAGUUGUUAUUUAAACGUCAGCCAUGUCGAACGCUGAGGAAAAAGGACGUGAAAUUUUUAAUAUUAUCGUUAAGGAUAAAUUUCCGGGCGCCUCUAAAGUGAAAAUUAAUCCUAUUAGCAGUGGUGGAGCUAACUACAGCUCAACUUUAUAUGAAGCGUACAUCACUACUCCUGAAGGUACUCAUGAACUAUUCGCAAAAGUCGCCUCAAUGGGUGACCUUUUCAACGAUACAAGCCAGAAAAUCUUUGACUCCGAAAAGUUCGUCUUGACAAAAAUUGCAAAUGCGUACGAAAAAUUACAAGACAACCAUGGAAUAACAGAAAGAUUUACAUUCCCAAAAAUUUACAAUCAUGAUCAUAAUGAUAUCCCAAUAAUUGUCAUGGAGAAUCUAGCUUCUAAAGGAUACGGAUGUUAUGAUAGAUUCAAGAGUAUCGAUUGGAAAUAUGCGUCAAAAUCUGUAGAAACUUUAGCCAGAUUCCAUGCUCUUUCUUUUGCUUUAAAGAAGGAGAGUCCAGAAGAGUUCAAACUGGCUGGGGAUAUAUUAAAGAUGCCCGAAACUGGUAUUACAAGUCCGCUUUGGGAAGGAAUUACUGAUGGGGCAAUGGCGGUUGUCGAUGAAGAAGAUAAAGAAAAACUCUCAAGAGUUCUAGAAGGAGUAGUGGGCUGGAGUAAACUUGAGGAUUUCGGUGAACCUCUUAAAACAUCAGUGCUUAUUCAUGGAGACUAUCGCCCUAGUAAUUUACUACAUAAAGAAGUGGGUGGUGAAUAUCAUGUUAUUCCCGUAGACUACCAAACGGUCAGGCUGGGGUGUCCGGUGGCCGAUCUCCUCUACUUCACCUUGAUAGGUUCCGACCAGCAGUUCCGACAGCGACACUACCACCAACUGGUGGACCAUUAUUACGAGAAUCUGGCUCUGAUGAUGACGAAAUACGGUCUGAAGCCGGAUGAGGAGUAUGGACGGGAGGAAUUUGAAAGUGAUUUAAAAGCGAAACUCCCAAUCGCCCUCGCUGUCGCAGCGACAGUGCUGCCAUUCGUCACAGUAGACGCAGCGGGCGCUCCGAACUUCGAGCGCGAGCAGUACGUGCCGCGCGCGAACGAACUGUUCGCCGAACGGUUCCGCGGACUGAUGCAAGACUUAAAGCAGUGGAACGUCAUAUAAAAUGGUUGUAGUCAUUCAUUUUGUAGCUGGCCACGAACGGCGAAUCCUUUGUCUAUUUUAAGUUAAACCGCACGUGCUACUAACUGCAAAAAAUAAUUCUAAUUGGCACACGAGCGUGGGCUAGUCCAACACUCAAAAAACAGUAUGAGUGCGCUCUCCGAUUACGUGUCUUUGUUACGCAUCUCGAUGACACAUUUUAGACUGGUUCUUAUAGCGUUCGACUCGCCGGCACUCCGUUACCGUAGAGGGACCACACACACAGCCUUACAAUAUUUUUUCCAUUAAUUUAUACUCGUAUUAAAUCUUAUUGCAAUCCCCAUAGAGUCGUAGUUCAAUAACCGGUUAAAGCGAACGAAACUUUUUUGCAGGUUAGUAGCACGUGCGGUUUUACUUACGAUAGACAAAGGAUUAGCCGUUCAGGGCCAGCUACAAAGCGAACGACUAUACCCUGUGUUAUUUAAAUACAAUUUGCUUAUUUAUGAAUUCAACAUAUAAUAUUGAAGUUUAUUUUUUCUGUGACUAGUAUUAAACAUAUUUGAAAUGUUACAAGAGGCAUAUGUUAGAAAUGGAAAUAAAGUACAUUUGUUAAUAA